AUGGCAUCAUCAGGCGGCCGCCGCUGGCAAAGCUUCCUGCAAGAGCUGGUUAUGGUCGCUGGAACUUCGGCAUCGGCCUAUUUCCUUAUCCGCUACCUUCUCUCCCGCCUCGAAUUCGACCCAGAGAGCCAGAAAAAGGAGGAGCAAAGGCAAAAGUCUGCCGCAAUUCUCCGCCGUCUUGAUGGCGGAGAUCAGUCUGACGAUGAGACAAGUCGUGGUGGAAGCUCCAAAAAGAGUCGUCGCCAGCGCAGGGGUGAGCUGAGUCUGAACCAAUAUGAACAAGCAGUUGCUAUGGACGUGGUUGCGCCAGAGGACAUCAAUGUGUCCUUCGAAGACAUCGGCGGUCUUGAUCACAUCAUUGAAGAACUGAAGGAGUCUGUGAUAUAUCCUUUGACAAUGCCUCAUCUCUAUUCCUCGACCUCCUCACUCCUGACAGCACCCUCCGGUGUCCUUCUAUAUGGUCCGCCUGGAUGUGGCAAGACCAUGCUCGCGAAGGCACUGGCCUCGGAGAGCGGAGCUUGUUUUAUCAACUUGCACAUCUCCACGUUAACUGAGAAGUGGUACGGAGAUUCAAAUAAGUUGGUGAACGCGGUAUUCUCACUAGCUCGCAAGCUCCAGCCAGCCAUCGUCUUCAUCGAUGAGAUUGACGCUGUCCUGGGAACACGGAGAAGUGGUGAACACGAGGCCAGCGGUAUGGUGAAAGCCGAAUUUAUGACCCAUUGGGAUGGCCUCACCUCCGCCAAUUCGACAGGCGAGCCGCAACGUAUUGUCGUGCUAGGAGCCACAAACCGCAUGCAGGACAUUGACGAGGCGAUUCUUCGUCGUAUGCCAAAGAAGUUCCCGGUUACACUCCCGCCUGCACAGCAGCGUCUUCGCAUCCUCAGCCUCAUUCUGAAGAAUACCAAGAUUGACAGAGACAAUUUUGAUCUCCACUUCUUAGUGAAGUCUAUGGCUGGUAUGUCCGGAAGUGACAUCAAGGAAGCUUGUCGCGAUGCUGCCAUGGGGCCGGUGCGAGAGCUCAUAAGACAGAAAAAGGCCGAGGGCACGCAAAUAACAGCCGUUGAUCCGAGUGAAGUUCGUGGCUUGCGAACCGAGGAUUUCUUUGCUCGCGCUGGCGGUGUCGGUGUGAUUCCACAGGCAUCUCAAAUACCGACAACUCCGACCGGUAAAGUGAUCGAAAGGGAGGACGAAGAGUGGGCCACUGAAGAUAAGGCUUCUUCAAAUUCUGGAGCUCGUCCUGCUGGGAUGGCCGAGCCGCCAGAAUAA